AUGGUUGUGAUGGAUUACUUCACUAAGUGGUCAGAAGUCUUUGCCAUUCCAAAUCAAGAAGCUUCAACAGUUGCAGAUAAACUAGUUCAUGAAGUCUUCUGUCGUUUUGGAGUACCUUUAGAGAUUCACAGCGAUCAAGGAAGGAAUUUUGAGUCUCAAAUAUUCCAGAAAACUUGCCGAGUUAUGGGUAUUCAUGAAAGAAGAACAACUUCUUACCACCCACAAUGUGAUGGAAUAAUAGAACGAUUAUUAGUAGAAUGGCAACAAGACUGCGACAGGCACAUACAACCGUUUUUGUUGUCAUAUCGAAGCGCUGUUCACGAAAGUACAUCACUGACGCCAGCUUUCGCAAACUUUGGGAGAAAAUUACGGCUGCCUGCAGACUUGAUCACCGGUAUACCACCUGAUGCCCCACGCACUAUAACCGAUUAUGCAAAUGACUUGUGGAACAAAAUGAAUGACAUUUAUGAGCACGUCACACAGUCUGCCUGCAAACGUCUGAGUAGAUGA